AAUGACCUUAGGACAAUUCCCGAUACCUAAUAAACUUCUAUUGAAGGAACACAUGCAACUGCAUAUUUGCUAUAAUGAUGAAACUGAAGCGUAGUUAGGGAGGGGGAAGAGUGCUUUAUAGGGAAAGGCAUGCAAAAGAACUUAUUAAAAAGAAACUGCAGCAUGACAGACUAGAACCCGGAAACACACUCUCUGUGUACUUGAUAAUGAUAGUAUGUAUAGGACAGUUUUUUCUGUAUUUGUACAUCAUGUUGCUUCUUGGAUCACCUCUCCUCUACCAAAGAGAAACCAUAAUUCAUAUCCUUUCCUUUCCUCCACUUUAUAUUUCCCCGUUUCCUUAAGAAGGGGCUGGAACUCUGGCAAUAAUGAAAAAGUUACAUAUGUGUAUGCUCUAACUAGAUUGUAAAUUUCUGAAGGAUAAUUUUUGCCUCCUUCCCAUGAAACACUUAACCAUAUUUUAAGCAUUUAAUAAAUGUUUCAAAUCCGAUCUGGCACACUAAAUUCUCAAUUAACAUUUGUUGGAUGAUUGAAUUUAUAAGUGAGCAGUUAUUGUGUUCCCCUCCUCUACCCACAGAGAUGCUCCCUGAGACACUUUUGUCAGGAGUACUAUUUCCUCUCCCUCUCCCUCUCCCUCUCCCUCUCCCUCUCCCUCUCCCUCUCCCUCUCCCUCUCCCUCUCCCUCUCCCUCUCCCUCUCCUCCCUCUCCUCCCUCUCCCUCUCCCUCGUUCUUCUUUUUUUUGACAGAGUCUCGCUCUGUCACCCAGGCUGGAAUGCAGUGGCGCGAUCUUGGCUCAUGGCAACCUCCGCCUCCCGGAUUCAAGCGAUUCUCGUGCGUCAACCUCCCUAGUAGCUGGGAUUACAGGCACGCGCCACCACGCCCGGCUAAUUUUUGUAUUUUUAGUAGAGACGGGGGAUUCUCACCGUGUUGGUCAGGCUGCUCUGGAACUCCUGACCUGAGGUGAUCCACCUGCCUCAGCCUCCCAAAGUGCUGGGAUUACAGGCGUGAGCUACUGUGCCCAGCCAGGAGUACUAUUUUCAUUUACCUAACAUGUAUAUAUCUGAUUCUUUUUGAAAAGGCUUUGAGCAGCUUUUAGUGUUAUUUACUGCAUGAGACAAAAAAUAAUUAGGGAAAUGGGAGAGAACAUAGUUACUUAAGAUAAAACUCAACAUAUGCCAGUAAGGCUUAGUUAUUACAGGUUGGUUGCAAAUUUGGUUCUGAGCUUCCUAGCAGCCAUCAUAAACUUAAUUAUAUAAUUCACACUGUCCUUACAAGUCAAAACAAUUACUCAGCUAUUUCAGUUACCAAAAACAGAAUUUUCAUUUCCGUUUUCAUGAAAGGAUUUUUUUGUAUAAUUAAUGCCUUCAAGAAUAUUGUAUGGUAAAUGUAAAACUGGUCUCGUUGGCCUGUUUUCUUGCAUAACCCCUGAUGUAGCCCCAUGGCACAAUGCCAAAAUGAAGGUUAGCAGAUGGAUUCUAAAAGGGAUCAAAGCAAUUUUGUCUUGGUCUGAAGCUCUGAUAAUCUAGUUUAAUUGAAUGAAAAAAAAUCAUGUCCCAAAAGAAAAUGAUUGUAGAAUAGUCUUCCGAAAAUAUUUAUUCCCUGCGAUUAAGUUUGGGUGAGUGUUAGGCAGUGGAGACGUGGCUGCUACAAUCUUGAACCGGCAGCGGCAAUGUCGUUAACAGUAUUACGUCUUAAAGACGUAAAAGAAACCUUUUACAUUUACGAAGGUUCUGGAACCCUCCAGGUCACAUGACUACACAGGAAGCCAUUUUACAACCCCAACGAGGUGGGCUAUGGAGUGCCCCGAGGGACAGCUCCCCAUUUCUUCAGAAAAUGAUUCAACACCAACAGUUUCAACAUCGGAAGUAACUAGCCAACAAGAACCCCAAAUUCCUGUCGACCGUGGGUCUGAAACCACCUAUGAAAGCAGCGCCGACAUUGCUGGCGACCAAGGCACCCAGAUUCCUGCCGACCAGGACGCUCAAGCAGAUGCGGACAGCAGCGCCCAGGCUGCUGCCCAGGCCCCAGAAAACUUCCAGGAAGGGAAAGACAUGAGUGAAAGCCAGGAUGAAGUUCCUGAUGAAGUUGAGAACCAGUUUAUAUUGCGUCUGCCUCUGGAACAUGCUUGUACUGUCAGGAACCUAGCACGUUCUCAAAGUGUCAAGAUGAAGGAUAAACUAAAAAUUGACUUAUUGCCUGAUGGGCGCCAUGCAGUUGUUGAAGUAGAAGAUGUCCCACUAGCUGCUAAGCUGGUUGACUUGCCUUGUGUUAUUGAAAGCCUGAGAACGCUUGAUAAAAAAACCUUUUAUAAAACAGCAGACAUUUCUCAGAUGCUUGUGUGCACUGCUGAUCGUGAUAUCCACCUUUCUCCAGAAGAACCAGCUGCCUCUACUGAUCCUAAUAUAGUCAGGAAAAAAGAAAGGGGGAGAGAGAAAAAAUGUGUCUGGAAGCAUGGCAUUACGCCACCACUUAAGAAUGUCAGAAAGAAAAGGUUCCGGAAAACACAAAAAAAGGUCCCUGAUGUCAAAGAAAUGGAAAAAAGCAGCUUUACUGAGUACAUUGAAUCUCCAGAUGUGGAAAAUGAAGUAAAGAGACUGCUGCGUUCGGAUGCUGAAGCCGUAAGUACCCGUUGGGAAGUCAUUGCUGAAGAUGGAACCAAGGAAAUAGAAAGUCAAGGCUCCAUCCCAGGAUUUGUGAUAUCCUCGGGAAUGAGCAGCCACAAGCAGGGUCAUACCUCGUCAGUAGAAUAUGAUAUGCUUCGGGAGAUGUUCAGUGAUUCUAGAAGUAAUGAUGAUGAUGAGGAUGAGGAUGAUGAAGAUGAGGAUGAGGAUGAGGAUGAGGAUGAAGAUGAAGACAAAGAAGAGGAGGAGGAAGAUUGUUCUGAAGAGUAUCUGGAAAGGCAGCUGCAGGCCGAGUUUAUUGAAUCUGGCCAGUAUAGGGCAAAUGAAGGUACCAGUUCAAUAGUCAUGGAAAUUCAGAAGCAGAUUGAGAAAAAGGAGAAAAAGCUCCGUGAGAUUCAGAAUAAAGCACAAAGACAGAAGGAUCUCAUCAUGAAAGUGGAAAACCUGACACUCAAGAAUCAUUUUCAGUCUGUGCUGGAGCAGCUUGAGUUACAGGAAAAACAAAAAAAUGAGAAGCUCAUUUCCCUACAGGAACAGUUGCAGCGUUUUCUGAAGAAGUGAGGAGAGCCAUUGGCGUGGCCCACAAACCUUGGAUUCACCAUCCAGACUGCAGAUUGGAUGAAACUGUGCAUGUUUUUGUCCCUUCAGUUGCCUUAUGUUGAAUCAGUUAUAUUUAUCUGUACCUUCUUUGCUACUUAAAAUAUGAUCACAGUUUGUAGUCAUGUAGAAAAGGCCAGUAUAAAAAUGUAGUAGACUUAGAGACCCCACUCGACCAUGAGACUUUCUCUUUGUCAAUUUGGGAAUUAUUAUUAUUAAUUUAGAAAUGGGGUCUUGUUAUGUUGCCCAGGCUGAAUUCAGACUCCUGGGCUUUAGGGAUCCUCCCGCCUCAGCCUCCUGAGUAGCUGGGACUACAGUUGUGCACCACCACACCAAACAAGAAUUGAUUAUAUUGCUUCUGUGCUAUGGUACCAGCAGAUGAUUCAGCCAUGCUUCCAAAGGGAGUCUAGCCUAGAGGCCGUACAGCUGUUUGGUUUGCAUAUGUUUUAGUUUUUCUUUUGGUUUUUAGUAUUUCCUAAAACAUAGGGGAAAAAACGAGGUCAUUUCUACUAAGCACUAGGACCUGCCAUAGUGAGUUUAAGUGCCUACCUUGCAGCAGUUAAUACUAGAUUGUGUUCUGUCUCUGUUCAGGUAACAGGACUGCAUUCCUGCUCAAGGAUGAUUUCUUGCUGCUGCUUAUGUUCUGUUGUUUUUAGGAUGGAGCUGGUUGUUAUUCACCAACUAAGGGAACAGUUAGAGCAGAGAUGAAGAAAUUAUGAACUGUUAUCCUUAUUCUGAGCCUUCUCCUCCUAACCCUCAUCAGUUAAGGUUAGGAAGAACAAGAUGCAAUAAUGCCUAUGAAGACUUCUUUAACAAUCUUGUUUGGGUUUUUUUCUAGGUAUAUUAUUAGUGUUUUAUGGUCUACGUUCUUUAAGCAAUAAAUAAAUUGUUCAUUUUAAAUGGA